AUGGUUAUACCCGCUAUUGGCAUAGAUCUGGGUACAACAUUCUCCUGCGUAGGAGUAUUUCAAAAUGGUAAGGUAGAAAUUAUUGCAAAUGAACAAGGAAAUAGAGUUACCCCUUCAUAUGUCGCCUUUACUGAAACGGAGAGGUUUAUUGGGGAUGCAGCUAAAAACCAGAUAGCUAUGAAUCCUAAGAACACAGUAUUCGACGCAAAACGGCUUAUCGGACGUAGGUUUGAUGAUGCAAAAGUACAACAGGACCUUAAGCAUUGGCCAUUUGAAGUAAUCUCUGAUGGCGGAAAGCCUAAGAUUGUUGUCGAGUACAAAGGGCAGAAGAAACAGUUUUCUCCAGAGGAAAUAUCUUCUAUGGUUUUAACAAAAAUGAAAGAAACAGCAGAAACUUACCUAGGCGGAACAGUUCAAAACGCCGUCGUAACAGUCCCUGCUUACUUUAAUGACUCUCAACGACAGGCUACGAAAGACGCUGGGACUAUUGCUGCUAUAAAUGUACUAAGAAUAAUUAAUGAACCAACGGCAGCUGCAUUAGCAUAUGGUCUAGAUAAAAAUCUUAGUGGAGAAAAAAAUGUACUUAUAUUUGAUCUUGGCGGAGGAACAUUCGAUGUUUCAAUACUGCAAAUAUCUGAAGGCUCCCUAUUUGAAGUUCAAUCGACAGCGGGGGAUACUCAUUUAGGCGGCGAGGAUUUUGAUAACAGGCUGGUUGAUCAUUUUAGUACAGAGUUUGAAAGAAAAUUUAAGAAAAAUUUAAAGGAAAAUCCAAAAGCCUUAAGGCGAUUAAGAACAGCAUGUGAAAGAGCGAAAAGAACACUAUCAUCAAGCACUGAAGCCAACCUAGAAGUCGAUGCAUUGCAUGACGGGAUAGAUUUUUAUUCUAAAUUAAGUAGAGCUCGCUUUGAAGAGCUUUGUUCAGAUUUAUUUAAACAAACCUUGGUACCAGUUGAGCGUGCUUUAAAAGAUGCAAAUCUUCAUACAAGAGAAAUACAUGACGUCGUUAUGGUUGGAGGUUCUACACGAAUACCAAAGAUACAAAGGCUUCUACAAGAUUUUUUCGGAGGCAAAUCUCUAAAUCUAUCAAUUAAUCCCGAUGAGGCUGUGGCAUAUGGUGCGGCGGUUCAAGCAGCAAUUCUGACCGGUUCAAAAGACGAACGGCUACAAGAUGUUUUACUGGUAGAUGUGACACCAUUGUCCUUAGGUAUAGAAACAGCUGGAGGAAUAAUGACUAAACUGGUUGAAAGGAAUACGAGAAUCCCUAUAGCACAGAAAAAGGUUUUUUCAACUUAUGCCGAUAACCAACCGGCCGUAACAAUACAGGUAUAUGAAGGAGAACGUGUGAUGACUCGAGAUAACAACCUACUUGGAACAUUCAAUCUCGCUGGAAUACCUCCAGCACCAAGAGGAGUUCCGCAAAUAGAAGUAACAUUUGAUCUUGAUGCAAAUGGAAUCCUGAAUGUAAGCGCAGAAGAUAAGAGUACUGGAAGAUCAGAGCGCAUCACUAUAUCUAACGAUAAAGGGCGUUUGAACAAAGUUGAGAUAGAUAAAAUGCUUCAUGAUGCUGAACGGUUUAAAGCUGACGAUGAUGCUAUAAGGGAACGUGUUGAAAUCCGUAAUCAGUUAGAGAGUUACUUAUUUGGUUGUAAAGCGGCAGUAGAAAAUGCCGGAAAUCGUCUUACGGAAAGCGAAAAGAACGAAGUAAUUACAGAAUGUACAAAUCAACUUAAAUGGAUGGACUCUCAUCCCGAUGCCUCAACUUCAGAACUGCAAGAACAGUUGAAGGCGGCGCAAGCAGUCUGUCAAUCAGCUAUGAUGAAACUUCACAAUAUCGCUGGUGGACCCAGCUGUGCUCGUUCAGCUCGCUCUAGUGGUCCAAGGGUAGAAGAAUUGGACUAG